AUGAAUUUGGGUAGAGACAAUCAGCACGGUAACGGACUAUUAUUUGCCGGAUUCAAUCAAGAUCAAGGUUGUUUUGCUUGUGCCACAAAUACGGGUUUCCGCAUUUACAAUUGCGACCCGUUAAAGGAAAAAGUGAGACAGGAUUUUGAUGAUGGAGGUCUCAGUUAUGUGGAAAUGUUGUUCAGAUGCAAUUAUUUGGCACUGGUUGGUGGCGGUGAUAAACCUCUAUACCCUCCAAACAGGGUAAUGAUUUGGGACGAUCUGCGUAAAACCACCCCUAUUUACCUGGAAUUCAAUGAUCCAGUAUUGGGGGUACGUCUGAGACGUGACAGAAUUGUAGUGGUUUUAGAUGGAGUGAUUAAAGUUUAUACUUUUACACAAACGCCCACUCAAAUACAUGUUUUCGAGACUUGCUCCAAUCCUAAAGGGCUUUGUGUUUUGUGUCCUAAUAGUAAUAACUCUAUAUUGGCUUUUCCUGGUAGAAAAACUGGAUUUGUUCAAUUAAUUGACUUGGCUAAUACAGAAAGGCCCCCACUUGAUAUAUCAGCCCACGAAGCACAUAUAAAUUGUAUUUCUUUAAACUUGCAAGGCACUAGAUUAGGCACUGCAAGUGAAAAGGGGACUUUGAUUAGGGUUUUUGAUACUUCUACUGGAGAAAAACUGCAUGAACUUCGUAGAGGAGCCAAUCAAGCUUCAAUUUAUUGUAUAAGUUUUAAUAAUUCCUCUACAUUAUUGUGUGUGUCUUCUGACCAUGGUACAAUUCACAUUUUUGCUUUGGAUGAUACUAAAUUAAACAAACAGUCCAGCCUUGCCAAUGCUGUAUUUUUGCCUAAAUAUUUCUCUUCUACAUGGUCAUUUUGCAAAUUUACAGUCCCCAAUGGGCCGCCUUGUAUAUGCGCCUUUGGACAAGACAAUUGCUCUAUAAUUGUUGUUUGCGCUGACGGUUCCUACUACAAAUUCGUCUUCAAUUUGAAGGGCGAAUGUGUAAGGGAACAUUGCGCUCAAUUUUUGGAACUGACAGAGGAUUCUUUGUAA